CGCGAUGGCGCCCGAAAAGAUACUCGCCAAGUGCACGCUCGAGGAGGCGGCGUUCAGGGUCCUGAACACGCCGAGCGCGCACGACAAGGCGCUCAUGACGGAGGAGAUCCACUCCAUGUGGAGGACGGGCGUGAUGACCGUCACGCACGAUCUGGACGCGCCCGCCCCGCGCCAGCUGGAGCGACCCGCGAGGGACGCGCGCGUGAAGCUCGUGGAGCCCUCGUGCGCGCCGAGGCUCGGGAAGGGCGGCUCCCCGGAAUCCCGCGUCGCGAUCCUGCACUCCCUCGCGCACAUCGAGAGCUGGGCGAUCGACCUGUCGUGGGACGCCAUCGCGCGGUUCGGGCGCGCGGAGAAGAUGCCGCGCAAAUUCUUCGAAGACUUUCUCGCCGUCGCCGCGGACGAGGCGAGGCACUUCUCGCUCCUCGCCGCGAGACUCGUCGAGCUCGGGUCGUCGUACGGCGCGCUGACCGCGCACGACGGGCUGUGGGAGUCCGCGACGGAGACGCGCGACUCCUUGGAGGCGAGGCUGGUGAUCGAGCACUGCGUCCACGAGGCGAGAGGCCUCGACGUGCUGCCGGGGACCAUCGCGAAGUUUCGACGGUUCGGCGACGACCCGAGCGCGGACCUCUUAGAGCACGUGAUAUACCCCGAGGAGAUCACGCACUGCGCCGCGGGCGUGCGAUGGUUCACGUACUUGCAGAAUCGCAUGGGAGGCGCGCUGGUGCGGUUCCACGUCAUCGUUCGAAAGCACUUCAAGGGGAUCCUGAAACCGCCGUUCAACGACGAAGCGCGAUCGAGGGCGGGGUUUCAGAGGGAGUGGUACGAGCCGCUG